UGUUUUCGCAGGCAGAGCACUCGGGCCACCACAGUCGCCCCUGACACAAGUGAUAUCAAGCUGGCCAUGCCCACUCUCGUGACACCCAUCCCAGUCCCUCUAGGUCAAACCCAACCCUGAUUCGGCCCUCAAUGAAAUUGAGUUUGACACCCCAGACCUAGAUUAGUAUUUCCCAAAUGUGACGACUUGUUGAUAUGUGGACUAACAAACUUCAAUAGAUAUUAAUCUGCACCUGUGUAGAACUUCAAAGUAUUGGGUGUAGAAGCUAGCUGGGUAAAGAAACUUGAAAACUUGUAGUGAUUUAUAAUGCUGUUAGUUUAUUAAAGGUAUCGGUUUUAAAGCUUUGGAUUCCCCUCCCCCCCCAUGAUCAACACAGCUACUAUGUUUUUUUUUUCUCUCCAAAUUUUUAGUAAUAAAAGGUGAAGACUUUCAAAAGCAUGUAAAUUUCAAAAAACAAGAGUACAAUCUUUUAUGGACAAUAAGUAAGUUACAUAUCAUGGGGGCAAGUGUGGUAUGGUGAGGAGAUCACCUACCUUAAAAAGAACCUUAACUAAAUGAGUGAUCUGUUAAAGCCAAAUGAAUAGUGCACAUUUCAAUUUUGAAACCUUACUCCAGUAUCUUCUGCAAGAUCUCUUCAGACAACUAUUAACUUGGUACAUUCUUUUGGAUUAUACAUUUACUUUUUUUGCAAUAGAAAAAGCUUGAAACUGCCCUUUGCCCUGGGAUCAGUGGCAUAUGAAGGAAAAAACAACAAAAUUAUUUUAGUUUCCAUCCAAGCAGAGAGAAUAAUAGCAUAUCUUUCUAUUGAGUGAUUGGGAAUUUAAAAUGUUUCCUCUUCUCAUCUUUAAACUUAAUUCUAAGGUGUUGCUAUUAUUCCCAAACUUUAAUCGAAUAUAGGAAAGACAAUGACUUAUAUAAGAUCAUUUUUAAAAUAUUAUUUGGUGCCUUCCUGGCAUAGGGAAGGAACCUUCUAUUUUCUGUAAGGUAGCUGGAAAUAUUUCAUGUAAGGGCACUUCUCUAGGGCAACAUUUCCUUAAUCUUUCCAAAUCAUUUUGAAGUUAGCAGUGUGAUUGUCAUUCAAACUGACCAAUAGUGGAGGGGGAAAAUUGUCAUUUACUUCUCCCAUUCCUAAAUAAUCAUGGAUUUUGGAUUAAGAAGAUUAUUCUUUUCUCGCUUGAUUUCUUUUCUGGUUCCCUGCAGGUUCAGGUUCUUCUUUUUUUUGGGGGGGGGGAUCAACCAAAUAUUGAUCCAUUGGUUGUGACAGAAAUUGACCAACUGGUUUGUUGCCUAAGCCUGACAUUAUAGGCUGAGAAAGUGUGACUGGCCCAAAGUCACCCAGCUGUCUUUCAUGCCUAGGGUAGUACUAGAAUUCACAGCCUUCUGGUUUCCAGCCUAGUGACUUAACUACAAGAGAAAAAAACUGGGUCUCUCUUGUUUCACUUAAUAUCAAAAAGAUUUUUUAAAAUAGUAGUGUCCUCCAGAACCUAUCCAUAUGGUUUGAUUAGGAAGCUGAGUCCUACAUGAGCUUGAUAUUUGUGGGUCCCAUUGCUAAUCUUUAUGCUGUCUCUGCUGCUUCUGUAUCAUUUCAUUAAUAAAUUGAGUUAUUCUGAUUAUGAAGUUAGUUUGAAUAUAUAAAGCAAUUGGAUGGAUUACCACCCUUUUGUACAUUAUCACCUGGCAAUGAAAACAUCACCCUCUCACUCUGUACAGGACUAGGUCUAACCACAGAACUCUGUCAUUACUAUGCUCUUUUCUAUAUCCUACCGCUGCAUUCCAUUUAAUUGCAUAAAUUUCUUUUAAAAAGUCAGUCACAAAUGGAGCUAAGUCAGAAAUAGAACUUUUACUUAUGAUACCUGCCUUCCCUGCUUCUUUUCUUUUUGACAUAUAUGCGAUAAAAGCUUAUUUGCAAAUUCCUUUGUACUACUUUCAGAGCCAGAGGGAUAGGGGAGGGGUUGGUGUCAUAGUUCCAUUUUUACAUGCUUUUGCCCUUGCACUAAAUUGAUAAGAGUUUAGGGAGGUAAAAUGCUUAGCACACUGAGCAGUUUAGCAUUAUUGCAUAAUUGCGAUUAGCCUUAGCGUCAGCAAGGCUCUAUCAGUCUUUUGAAAGACAAGGGCAGAAUGGCAGGUGAAAAAGCUGACCACAGAUCAAAGGGGAGGUUCUGUGUAUAUUGCCAAUAUAUCCUGCUUUGAUCUCAUUCAACUAGUGAGUGCUGGACGUGGCCGCUGAUAGCCCUUGGAGGCUCCACCUUCUUCUGCCAUGUUUCUAUGAUGUUGUUUCAUCUUACCACAGGCCAUGAAUAAAUCAGGCUUAUCAUCUAGUGAUGCUUAAAUAUUAAAGUGCCAAUAGCAAUCAAUGACAAAUGCAAUGUAUGCAGUUGUGGGAUCCUGCUGGUUUAACAACUGGUUCGGUGAUCAUGUGGUUCGUGUGCGCGCUCUGCGCGCAUCAGCGGUUUUAACAAAACUUACCUUCCAUGUUACUUCUGUGGAGUAACACAGCUGAGGCGCGGCAAUUUGCUCUGCUGCGCGAAUCAGUUGAGAGGAUAUAGGAAAAAGACAUGGUCAGAAAGGUCUGUCUGAAAGAUCAGGACAACAAAAAGUGCCAGCAAGUGCUGAAUGAUCUUGAAGGUGUUUUCCAGCACUUAGAAAUUAUGUUCAGUUUGACACUGGUCCCACGAGUUCUUAUUUUGCUUGGAGGUACAGCUGUCAGCCCCAAAGAGCUUUAUGAAAUCAAUUUACAAGAUAUAUCCAUGAGUGGCACUGAAGAGAGUUUGUCAACCUCAGCCUGUGUUCGCAAGUUAUUCCGUUCUCUUUUCAUGGCAGAUGUGUUCAGUGAGCUUCAGGCUGUUCCCACCAUGAGUGUCAUUGUUAUGGCUCAAGGGCAUCGCAACUGUGGUAUUGACUGGUUCAAACCUAAACUAAACUACAAAGUGCCUACUCGAGGGAGGAAAUUGACUGUUAACUUAUCAUGCAGUCAUGAAAAUAGUACAGCCCUUUCCACCUGCCAAGAAAUAAACUUUGCCUCUGAUGAUUAUAUAUGGUUCCAAGCUCCAGUAAUAAUCAAAGGCUUUAAUUAUUUUUCUUGAUAAAUAUUUUUAACUAGCUAUGUUAAUCUUGUGUUUGUUUCAU